UAAUAUCUUCCUCUUUCUAUGUCGCCCCUUCCCGAUGAUAAACAAAACAAAUCCCGGUUGAUCACAUAAUCUCACGUCCUCUGGUGCUUAAUCUAGUCAUAGUUCCUAGCCUUACCAACUCCCAGUAUUCUGGUUCUAAUAAUUUUUUAACAUUUACCUAUGACGCUCACUUAAUUACCAUCGAAUAUCAUGUCUCGAUUAAUAUCAACUCACCUCAUUGCAUUUCUUGCUUGUUUGGCGCUUGUUAAUGCAGCAGUGGUGCACACACACGGCAGCCACUCGCUGCACAAGGAACGCGAAGAAGACGGUGCCUAUAGUCCUAGGGAUAAGAACCAUAUCGCCAGCGAUGAGCACAACGCCGAGUUCGAUCAUGAAGCCAUCCUAGGCUCGGUGAAAACAGCAGAAGAGUUUGACCAUCUCACUAAAGAGGAGAGCAUCCGAAGGCUUCGCAUUCUUCUGGUGCAAAUGGAUCUGAAUGGCGAUGGGGCCAUAGACAAAAGGGAGUUGAAGGCUUGGAUAAUGCGAUCUUUUAAGUUAUUGUCUGAAGAGGAAGCCAAAGAGCGACAAGAGGAUGCUGAUGAGAAUGAGGAUGGGAAAAUCACUUGGGAGGAAUAUAUCACUGAUACAUAUGGAUCAGAUGAGGGUGAUGAUACUUUACCAUCAUAUAAUGAACAGCUUAUAGCUGAUGAUAAAGUAAUGUGGGAUGUAGCAGACACAAACAAGGAUAAUAUUCUUGAGGGUGAAGAAUGGAUGGCGUUCUCACAUCCUGAGGAGAAUCCAAGAAUGCUGCCAACCAUUCUCGCACAGACACUUAAAGGAAAAGACCUGAAUCAUGACAAUGCCAUUGAUUUUCAGGAAUAUAUUGGCGAGAGGGGAACUGAACAUGACAAGGAAUGGCUGCUGGUGGAGAAACACAAGUUUGAUCAUGAACUGGACAGUGAUGGUGAUGGAAAAUUGAUGGGAGCUGAAAUUCUCUCUUGGGUUGUGCCUAGCAAUGAAGAAAUUGCUGGUGAGGAAGUUGAUCAUCUGUUUGAAACAAGUGAUGAUGAUCAAGAUGGAAUCUUAUCAUUCGAUGAAGUAGUAGCGCAUCACGAUACGUUCGUCGGCAGUGAAGCGACUGAUUACGGUGAUCAUAUCCAUAAUAUUCAUCAGUUUACCGACGAAUUGUAAAUACAUGCGUCACGAAUUUACCAAAUCGAUGAAAACCAUCUCAGUAAUUUAUUUUUAGUCUAGUUUAAUUUUAACGCUACGCAUGUAUAGAUUUAAAAUCAAAUUUAAAUCAAACACAAAUGUGUAAAGUGCGUAUUUAAUUUAUUCGAAAAAUAAUUCGUGUAUUUAUUGUGUUGAAUGUCACUUUGGUAUUGUAUAAUUUAGUAAAUUCGAUUUGUGCCAUUAUCUGAGAGAAAAAUACUCAUACCAAGCAGCAGAUUCUUUGAAUAUUUUUAACAAUUACACUAAUUAUUAAAAAAACAAUUCUGCUUCACUUUUAAGGUAAAGGUGUUUCGCGUAGGUAGCAUUUACCUGAAGGCAACUCGAAAGUUUUCGCAUUCGGAAACUUUUCAGCGACAACUUCAGCUGAAACCGUCGGUUGGACCAUUACGCCAUCACCCUGCUUCCAAUCCGCGGGUGUUGCAAUCAAAUGCUUAUCAGUUAAUUGCAAUGCAUCAAUAACUCUUAAGAUUUCACUUUAAAAUUCAUGUAAAAAUCAUUAUUUGCGAUUAUUUUGCAGGAAGUUAAACACUUACUCAAAAUUGCGGCCAACUGUCGCCGGAUAUAAGAUCGACAAGCGAUAUUUCUUGUUGGCAUCAAUAAUAAACACAGCUCUCGCAGUGAGUGGCAUUCCUUUGGAGUCUCUUUCAUCCAAAUCCAACAUAUUUAGCAGAACUGAGAGGUCUCGGGACUCAUCAGCAAUGAUAGGAUAAGGAAAUGUUACAUUUGGGAGAUUGCCAUAGGCUUUGAUGUCUUUCGUCCAUUCUAAAUGAUUCUUUACAUUGUCUAAAGAUAAUGCAAUGGGUUUUACACCUCGCUUCUCAAACUCUGGAACAAGUUUCGCAACUCUGGCUAGUUCUGUGGUGCAGACUGGUGUGAAGUCAGCAGGAUGUGAGAAUAAUAUUCCCCAACUAUAUAAAAAUUAAAAAAUAUACAUUAGAUUAUGGUUUAAUUGUAAUUUAUUACAAUUAUAUUAAUAUUAUAAAACAAGAUGAUUCUUACGAAUUUCCAAGCCAUUCGUGAAAAUCAAUCUCUCCAAUGGUGGUGUUGGCUUUGAAGUUUGGAAAAACACUUCCCAACUGCAACAUUUUUGCUGAAGUUUGUUGGUGUGCUUCGGUUUGUUGCAAUGCCGGCGAAUCAGCGUGUGUGUAUGGAAACAAUGAUAAAACCACCAACAGAGCAACAGUUUUUGCAUUCAAUAUGUUAAACCAUAUGCUAAACAAUCUAAAACCAUUACCACGGCUACUAAUAAUGAACAUUUUUAUACCCACGGAACCCUUUUAUAGGCGUUUUGUUGUUAUUAUACUAAUCGAUUCCGAUUAAUUCGUUUACAUGCGGUAAUCUAAUAUCUGCUUAUAAUUGUAAUCAAAUAUUUACGAAAGGUGAGUGCUAUUUGCCGAAUUAGAAAACUAUCGUGGAAUAAUUGCAAUGAGCGAGUGUGGCGAGCUUUUAUAGGUUUUCAGCGGAAUUCAGUAAACAAUCGACAAUAAACAACGAUUAGAACACAUUAAUUCAAUUGCUUGUAUUCAAUAAAAUUUGAAUACAUGAGUCAAUGUUUGUUAUUAUUACUACAUAUUACAGUGCAUAAAUGCUUGAGCUAGAUAUUGAUAAAUAACUUGUGUAGUCAUGCUUGUUACUUCAUGAAUGUUCCAGAAUUUUAUUAAGAUUUAUGUUUAAUUAACAUUAUAGUAAUAAUAAUAAUAAUAAGAAAGAUAUUCACUCAUAAAUUUAUCUUUUAAUUGUGUAAUUUGAUUGAAAAGCUUGCAAAAUUUUAUUUUUUUACGUUUAAUUGUAUUUUUCCUACUUUAAUAUGCAAAUUACAUUUUCUCUUGCAAGUUUCCACUGAUAAAUAUUAAUUUACAAUCAUAUAAAUACUCGUGGUUGAUUUAUCGAUAGCAUAUCAGUCUCUACAGCUGCAAUUACAAGCAUUCCAGCAAUUUUACUGAUUUACUAAGAAGUAAAAUCUUUCAUUUCUAAAAAUGGCCGCCAUUAAAAUUACCAUCGUUUGUCUUAUUGUCGCUAUCAUUGCGAUGAUCAACGUGGCAUCCGCUCAAGAUGUUCUCAACACUGAUUGUUUGAUUAAUUUGUCUGAUACGGGAUUCGGGCCGGAAUUCCAGAGUAUUGUGGACGCCAUUGUUCGUUUUCUGAAACAACUCCUCUCUGGACUGGGGCUUGAUAAUCUUGUUUGUUAAUUAUAAAUAUAAAUAAACAUAUAUGUAGACAAAUAA